UGAACUACGUCGUUGACAUGCCCAGACAUGUCAUUUUGAAAACGAGGUUAAUCAUCUGUUGUUAAACACCAACAAGUGCGCUUCCUGUUUAAAAUGGCUAGUUCUUCAAGACACGAUGCGAAUAAAGUUUGCUGUAGCCACCAUCCAGAUGCUCCCCUCAUAGAAGAUUAUAGAGCAGGAGAUCAAAUUUGUUCAGAAUGUGGUUUGGUAGUCGGCGAUCGUGUAAUAGAUGUUGGUUCCGAAUGGAGAACAUUUAGUAAUGAAAAAAAUGGUGUAGAUCCUUCUCGUGUUGGUGGACCAGAAAACCCACUUUUAGGGGGUUCAGAUUUGACAACUAUGAUAGGUCCCGGGCGAGGUGACGCCUCAUUCGAUUCGUUUGGUGUUGCUCGUUAUCAAAACAGACGUACAAUGAGCAGUUCAGAUCGUGCUUUAAUAAAUGCAUUCAAAGAAAUCGCCUCUAUGGCUGAUAGAAUCAAUUUACCGCGUACAAUCGUUGACAGGGCUAAUAAUUUAUUUAAGCAGGUGCAUGAUCGCAAAAAUUUAAAAGGGCGUUCAAACGAUGCAAAAGCCUCCGCCUGUUUGUAUAUAGCAUGUAGACAAGAGGGUGUUCCGCGUACUUUUAAAGAAAUUUGUGCUGUAAGUAAGAUUAGUAAAAAAGAAAUUGGCCGGUGCUUUAAAUUAACUUUGAAAGCUUUGGAUACAUCGGUUGAAUUGAUCACAACUGGUGAUUUUAUGUCUCGGUUUUGUUCAAAUCUUGGUUUACCUAAUAUGGUGCAAAAAGCUUCAACACAUAUUGCUAAAAAGGCGGUUGAUUUAGAUAUUGUACCUGGAAGAUCUCCCAUUUCUAUUGCUGCAGCAGCGAUUUAUAUGGCAUCUCAAGCGUCUGAAGAUAAAAGGAGUCAAAAAGAAAUUGGAGAUAUCGCUGGUGUUGCUGAUGUGACAAUAAGACAAUCUUAUAAAUUGAUGUACCCACAUGCUUCUCAAUUAUUUCCAGAAGAUUUUAAGUUUGCUAUUCCAAUAGAACAAUUACCACAAAUGUAAAAGAAAAUAUUUAUGAAAACAUAUUUUGGUUCAAUGUAAAGAAGAUUGAAAAUAUCUCUUUUUUAGUAUUAAAUGAUAGUUUUGUAAGAUAGAGAUAAAUAUUUUUUUUAGUAGGUUUUUAGGAGGUUUAAUUAUAAUGGCUAGUUUUAAUUUAAAUUUUUAAAGAAAUAAAUAGAAUACAUAUGUAUUUUUAUUUCUUUUUUUUUAUUCAAACUAUUCAUAUUAAAAUUAAACACUAUUAUAAAAGAGAUUAAUAAAAGUAGCCAGACUUCUCAAAAACGCAAUCAAUGUCACAAAUUUGAUGAAGUUUCAUUAGACCAAUAUUAUAUGUUUAAAGCAUCUUGUAAAACCCUGAAUUAUAUACGCAAUUUUAAUUUU